CAGGCACUCCAGGCUCAGCUGGAAGAAGAGAGGAGAGAACGUAUGGAGUUGGAGGCAAGGAUGAGGGCGGAGAUGGAGGCCGAGCGGGAGGCUGACCGACAGAGGAUGGCGAGCAUGUUCGCGUACAUUCAGAGUCUUGGCGCCGCGACGGGUCUACCUCCGCCACCUCCCUUCGUCACCCCACCUAGACCACCCACCGAUCCGUUUUCUACUUCAAAUCAGUCGGCGGCCUCCAAUGAUCCGUAUAUUUCUCCAAAUCAGACCAACCGGAGCAACUGGCCACCUUCGGCAUAGAUGAUGGAGUUAUUUGCAUUUGAGACUUAGCUAGAUUGAA